UGUGGACUCAUUGCCAGACAAACCAUUGUUUCGCCAUUUAUUGCACACAAACACCACUUCUGUGUCCAUUCAUUGACUGACAUACCAAUUGUCACCGCAAUUGUCACCACAAUUGUCAUCUAAUUAACCACUCUUUGCAGCACAAUGUCGGCCACCGAACAGAUGAGGGCGAUGUUGGACCAGUUGAUGGGCACCGCCAGAGAGGGAGACGAGUCCAAACAUCGCUAUCACUUCACUGACCACAGAGUGUGCAAAAGCUUUCUCUUGGAUUGUUGUCCACACGACAUCCUCGCCUCUACGAGAAUGGACCUUGGUGAGUGCAACCGGUACCACGACUUGGCACUGAGGGCUGACUACGAGAAGGCGGCCAAACACAAGGACUACGGCUAUGAUGUAGACAGUUAUGCACUUUUGCUGACAAUAGAGACCAAUACACACAUACAGACUAUGGUUGAGAUUGAGUUCACUCUUGAGUUGAACUUAAGAAUANCGUACAACAGUGCCGCCGAUGAGUACAGAUUUAACUCAAAGAUACUGAAGUCAUGGAAAAACUGUGUCUUUGAGAGCGAGAAUAUAAUGAGAAAAGUAGAGAAAGACUGGAAAAUGUCUUAUUUAUCGCGCAAUGAGUCCAAUGCCAUCCAAACCGGAAGAAUCAAAUGGAAACUCAAUUUGAAGAGUGAUGUAAAAUGGAGUGAAAUGCGGAUCACUAUUAAGUGCAAAGUGUUUGAGAAUGGAUUCAUUCGGCUAUACGUGUACUCAACUGAAGACAAUCGGUUGGAGAUGAAGCCAAACACUGAGAAUAUCUUUAAAAGAAGUGAAGUUUCUCUGACGGGUGAUAUCAUAAUCGAAGCCAUUCUGGAUGGCGGCACCGGUAGCACGGGUUGGCAACACUCGCAACUGUUCCGACAGUCGCUUUCCGAUGAGUCGGAAGUAAAUUCAUUAAUUGUUGAAAUAUUUUUGUGA